GUGAUUGACUUUAUCAGUCCAAGGACAUCAUUCGCGCGGAGAGGGGGGGAAGUUUGAUCCUCGUUCUCACGGAUCCCUCUAUCGGGAGUUUAGUCUCCCCCGCUCGCUGAGCCGGGACUACUCAUCUGCGCCUGAAACUUUUCUCUUUUUCCGUUUAGGCUAAGAAUUAGAGCUUCGCGUUCCGAGCUCAGGCUGAGUCCCGCUUUUCGUCGCUCGCGUUUGUUGAACUUCAUUCCGCUAACCUGGGGUUUCCAAUCUCUUUCCUCCUCCUCCUUCUCCUCCUCUUUCUCCUUCCAUUGCUUUUGUCGCUCGAGCCCGAAUGACGAUGCUCCUCGAUAGCGGUCCGCAGUUCCCGUCGUUAGGAGUGGGAGGCUUCGGCACGCCGAGGCACCAUGAGCUGGGCAACCGCGACCCCGGCUUGGGGCUGGGCCCCUUCGGCGACUCCUCGGCGCACUCAGCGGCGUUUAAGAUCAGCCCCGUGGCCCACGACAUCGCCUCCAGCCAGACGUCCGCGUUCACGCCGCAGGCCAGCGGCUACGCGGCCGCGCUCGGCCACCACCACCAUCACCACCACCACCCCGGCGGCCAGGUGGGCUCGUACGGCGGCGCCGCCUUCAACUCCACGCGGGACUUUCUGUUCAGGAACCGGGGCGCCGGCAUCGGCGAGACGGCGGCGGCGGCCACGAGCGCGCAGCACGGAAUCUUCGCCGCGUCGGCUGGCAGUCUGCACGCGCCGCCCGGGAUCUCGGACAAUGCGGGCCAUCUGCUCUUCCCUGGGUUGCACGAGCAGAGCGUGGGGCACGCGUCGCCCGGCGGACAUGUCGUGAACGGACAGAUGCACUUGGGCUUGCGCCCGGGGGACCUUUUCGGGCGGCCCGACCCGUACCGGCCCGUGGCGAGCCCGCGCGCCGACCCGUAUGGCGCCGCGCCGCUGCACAACUACAACCACGCCAUCAACGUGAACGUGGGAAUGAACGUGCCCGCGCACCACGGCCCGGGCGCCUUCUUCCGCUACAUGCGGCAGCCCAUAAAGCAAGAGCUGUCCUGCAAGUGGAUAGACGAGAACCAGCUGAGCAGGCCCAAAAAGACGUGCGACAGGACUUUCAGCACCAUGCACGAAAUGGUCACGCACGUGUCCAUGGAGCACGUCGGGGGACCCGAGCAGAGCAACCACAUCUGCUACUGGGAGGACUGUCCGAGAGAGGGGAAAUCCUUUAAGGCCAAAUACAAACUCGUGAACCACAUCCGAGUGCACACUGGAGAGAAACCCUUCCCCUGUCCGUUCCCCGGCUGCGGGAAAAUAUUCGCGAGGUCGGAAAAUUUGAAAAUUCAUAAGAGAACUCAUACAGGCGAGAAGCCGUUUAAGUGCGAGUUCGAUGGCUGCGACAGGCGCUUUGCAAACAGCAGCGACAGGAAAAAGCACAUGCACGUGCACACGUCGGACAAGCCAUACAUCUGCAAAGUGUGCGACAAGUCCUACACGCACCCAAGCUCUCUCAGGAAACACAUGAAGGUACACGAGUCCCAAGGUUCAGAGUCUUCUCCAGCUGCCAGCUCGGGCUACGAGUCCUCCACGCCACCGGUCCUGGUGUCAGCCAGCACAGAGGACCCCACCAAAACCCCCCCGUCCGCCGUACAGAGCGCAGCAGCAACACACAGCGAAGGACUGGCGCCCAACUUCAACGAAUGGUACGUUUGAAGCUAUAGGUGCAGAACUCUCACUGCGGACCAAAAGGUUAAAGAAACCUUAAAACAACAUAAACUACAUAAACAGCAGCAGCAACGACAACCACCACCAUCACCACCACCAUUCACACCACGGUGAACAAAAUGGCAAUGGAAGAACGUGAAGAGAGAUGAGAGUUCGCCAGCAGGCCUCGUCCAUUCUCAGGAUUCCAAAAUCAGACUCUUAUUCCGAGUGCGAAAAAAUGAAUGGAAAAAAAACAUUAAUAAUACAAAAAACUACUACACUUUCUAAGAAAUAAAUAAAAUGGUUUUCCGUUUUACUUUUCAGAUUUCAGAUGAUUAUUUUAUUUUUCAUUUUAUGUAUUUUCUCAAAAGUUUAUUUAAAAAAAAAUAAAGGAAAAAAAGGAAUAAUAUUUCACGGUGUUUUUAUAUCGGUGGCUCCAACGUCACCUUUGGAUUGAUUGUUAAAAACUUCGAACAGUCUUAAGAAACGUGCCAAAGUCUUUGUCUUGAACUUGAACAACAACGACAGAAAAAAGAAUAAUAAAUCCUAAAUAAGUAUAUAGCCUACUCGUGAAUGUAUUUCCUUGUUUGAUGGAGUCGAUUCUGUUGUCCACGUCCGUUUUCUUUCAGAUGGAGAAAUGUGCUAGUAGGUCACGAUUGUUACCUUUGAAUAUAACGUUGCCUUUUGUUAAUAACGAUGUAAAUACAUAUCCAUGAUGCCAUAUUUAUCGAUUUGUAAUUUAAUUAUCGGCUAGAGAGUCGAAUCUUAAAUGAUAUUUAUGGAAAAUGUUUUCUAACAAGAUUGUACAGUUUUGAGUCAUAAUAACCAGCUUAACAUUGAAAGGUCAUCAACUCUAAAAGCUUCCUUGACGCGAUUGUAUCUUUUUUUAACCAAUAAAUGUGUCUUACCUGGAUCACAAAAUAUCACCUAUGAAUAUAAUGGAUUGACUUUUUUUUCUAAAGGUUAGAGUAUUGUAUAGGUUAUUCGAGGUCUUUAAGCUCUUAAGGGCAUUGAUACACGCAGCAAACCACUCUGAGAGAGAAAUUAGCUAUAUGAAGCCUUGCUGUCGACGUAUUCUUGAUUUUUGAUCCAAAAUUAACUUCUUUUUGUGCAUUUUUUCUUUACUCUUAGCGAGAGGGUAGAACUACUAUAAGCAGCUAUUAGGUACAAAAUUGGAGAGGCCCAUUAGGCAGCAUUUGACUCCUCGCAUUUCGAUCACACUCUCAUUUGUGUUAUGCAAGAGCAUAUAGCUUUCAUCCACGAACUUCUAACUCGUGUGACAGCGUUACAGACACCAGAUUCUCGGGGUCGUUCGAGUCAGUAUGGUACUCCAUUUUGAUGGUUCCAGUACUGUCCUUGUGGAUGCAAGUAUGUGUUUAAAUGUUUCCAACCAGAACAAUGAACUGUCACCACACAGUAAUCUCAAAUAAAACUUUUCUUUUGUCUGUCACUUUGCAUUGUUUUAAAUGUAGUUCUUAUGUGGAUAUAAGCGUGUUAUUCGUCAUGGGUACUGUGGUGUUGCAUAUAGAAGAGUCUUAUUACGCAUUUGCUUGUUUUUAUGUGAACAGCAUUUCCAGAUGAAUUAUGUGUGGACGGAAUUUUAGUCUUGAGAGUAACAGAAAUGUUUCAUGAGGGGGGAAAAUGUUCAGUGGCACAAAGAGUUACAGCAUUGCAUUGUAACCUAUUUUUGAGAAUGAAAAUAUUAUGCAUUCACAGAUAUAUUGUGCUUACGAUUUCAGACCACCAGCACUACUUUUGAGAAAAAAAAAAGAAAAACAAAUAAUAACAAUGUACAAAAAAAUACAGUACCUCGCAACUUAAGUGAUAUAUCAAAUACUUUUAUUUAAAUAAUUUAAUGAAUAUAUGUUUUAUAAGCUAUUUUCUAUACCUUAAUUUAAAAGAAAUAAGCGUUUAUUUCAGCCACCCUCACUGUAUCAUAAGCCGUGGACUCGGAUGUAAAUCUGAGGUGCAAGAGCAGCUUGAAUGUGAUGUUGUAACACUUUCUGGGAGAAAUGGGUCACGCAGCAAGUUAUUCCUGAAAAGCAGAAGUUUAACUGACGAACUGUGUCACUGUGCCACAUUCGGGGUGAAUGAUGCUUCAUUUUUCAACGAGCCUAUUCGUAAUUUAGGAAAAACAGAAGAACCUUGUACUUUUCAAAGUAGGCCUAUUGUUUGUCGGUUUGUUUGUUGAACAAACUAUUUAUGAUGAAAUGUGAACCUAAGUUUUGACUGAAAUUAAAAAAAGUUACGAAAUGUGA